UUGACCUACAAUGAUGUGCAUGUGAACUUUACUCAAGAAGAAUGGGCUUUGCUGGAUACUUCCCAAAGGAAUCUUUAUAAAGAUGUGAUGCUGGAGACCUACAGGAACCUCACUGCUAUAGGCUACAGUUGGGAAGAUGAUAAUAUUGAAGAGCAUUGUCAAAGUUCUAGAAGAUAUACGAGGUGUAAAAAGAAUCAUUCUGGAGAGAACCCCUCUGAAGAUAUUCAAUAUAGUGAAGUCUUUGUACAUCACAGUAGUCCUCCCAUAUAUAAAAGAAAGCAUACUAGUGAGGAUCGCUAUGAAUGUAUCCAAUAUGGUAAAACCUUUGCCUGUAACAGUCAUCUCCUAAUACAUGAACGAAUUCACACUGGAGAGAAACCUUAUGAAUGUAACGAAUGUGGUAAAGCCUUUGCACAGAAUAGUCAUCUCCUCCUACACAAAAGAACUCACAUUGGAGAGAAACCUUAUGAAUGUAACCAAUGUGGUAAAGCCUUUGCACAGAACAGUCAUCUCUUACAACAUAAAAGAAUUCACACUGGAGAGAAACCUUAUGAAUGUAACCAAUGUGGUAAAGCCUUUGCAUGUAACAGUAAUCUCCUAAUACAUAAAAGAACUCACACUGGAGAGAAACCGUAUGAAUGUAACCAAUGUGGUAAAGCCUUUAAACAUAGCAGUCAUCUCCUAAUACAUAAAAGAAUUCACACUGGAGAGAAACCUUAUGAAUGCAACCAAUGUGGUAAAGCCUUUGCACAGAACAGUCAUCUCGUACUACAUAAUAGAACUCACACUGGAGAGAAACCUUAUGAAUGUAACCAAUGUGGUAAAGCCUUUGCACGUAAGGGUAGUCUCCUAACACAUAAAAGAACACACACUGGAGAAAAACCUUAUGACUGUAACCAAUGUGGUAAAGCCUUUACACGUAACAGUCAUCUCCUAAUACAUAAAAGAACUCACACUGGUGAGAAACCAUAUGAAUGUAAGCAGUGUGGUAAAGCGUUUGUAUGUAACAGUAAUCUCAUAAUACAC